AUGAUUUUGGAUGAAAUAGAUCGUGAAAGCAACGAAAUAUCACCACCUGAUGGAGAUGAAGUAUUCUUGGGGGUUUAUGAGUUAGAAUCGGAAUCCAAAACAAACCCUCGGACUCUACCACCAAACCUAACGUCGUGCCUACCAUCACCACUGCCACUAACGACCGUUGAAGAAGAAAAAUAUGGAAAGCCAAUGGGCUUAAUCUCGAAUCAAGGCGGAAUGAAAGAGAAGUUUACAAUCCAAUACACCCUCAACCUUAACGGAAAGUAUCUAAAUACCUGGAUUGAAGCAGCAAAGCAAGUGAUGAUUCCAAUUAGUAGACCGCCGCCUCCGUCACCAUUGCCGCCGCCAUCACCACCACCACCACCCCUGCUGCCGGGAAUUGACGAAAAGAACGGGGGAACGAUGAUGGAGUCCAAACGGAGCUCUUGGGAGAAAACGACUCCGUUUAACAACCGUUUAGAAUGGGGUUAUCCAGGUUACACUUCCAAUGGGCUUAAAAAUGACAAUUGGGCUGCAAUUGAUUCAUGGGGAUCACAAUUGUUAAAUCGAAAGAUAGACUGGGUUUUAACGAGAAAACAAAAUAUAAACCCACUAGUCAAUAAGGCCACUGAUCAACGCUUUGUUAAUUGGAAUGAAAAUAACCACGUUUAUCCUAAUCAGCUGCCAUCACCUUCCCCAACGCCGGCAAUGGCUUAUGUGUUUCAACGGGAUCGGAAAGUUAGAUCAUCGAGUCGCACGGAAUGGAAGGAACGAAAGAAAAAGGACCUAAGUUUUCAUGGUGGUUCUCAAGUCCGCUUGUCUCACAAAUGUCAUAAAUGCAAAGAAGACUGCAAUCACUAUGCGUGGGAUGCUAAUCAGGUACCAUUUGAUCAGUUGUCAAAGAAUGUUUUUGUGGGACCGUGUCAAAUUUUGGAGUUAUUUGGAGUUGUUGCUAAUUCUCAAUCAGGACUGAGUGAUAAUGAAUUGGUGUUUGUGACCGAGUUAUGUGUGGAGUUAAUCAUUCAAUUAGGAUGUACUUCAAUUGAAGUGAAGUCAUUAGUUUCUAAGUAUGGUAACACUGACUUGAUUUUGGGAAUGGAAUGGCUCACAUCUUUUGGAAAAGUAAUCCACAAUUGGGAUACAGAAGUUAGUUUAUGUUCAAGCCAAAUGCAAGAGCUACCAUCUAGGUAUAUGGCAGAGUUAAUUACCAAAAAUCUUGUUUGGGAAGUGAUCUGUCAUUUGUUGGAUCUACUCCAUUGGCGUUCUAAUUGGAUUAUGUGGACAAAACAUGAGACUGAUUCUACUUUCAAUCAGUCCACCGAAAAGUUUACAUAUGAAAUUGGGUAUAAUCGGAACACUUUAAUGGUAGUUCAACAUGUAGAGAAUAGGGUUUGGGUACAAGCAAGGAAGGAAGAAUGGCACAGCCAUGAUAACGGAUUGAGGCCACUUAGGGUAGAUCAAUGGAUCAUUCCGUGGACAGGAAGUACAAUUGCAAAUACCAAAAGAGCAGAAGUGUCUGACUAUUCAUAUGGUUAA